GCACAAUCUGAAAGUGUUUGUAAUGUGCACACACAGUGUAUCUGGAGCACUACCACUUGGUAUCUUCAUCACUAGUGAUGAGCAAGAAAGCACACUUAAACAGGGUUUUGAAAUGCUUCGCUCCUGUUUACCUCAGCAUGCGUUCAAUGGCCGUGGCCCAGAACAAGGACCCCAAGUCAUCCUCACAGACAACUGCAAAGAAGAAAGAAAUGCACUGAAGUCUGUUUGGCCAUCUUGUGUUUUACUCCUUUGUAUCUUUCACAUGCUCCAGCAGGUCUGGAGAUGGCUUCAUGAGGGUAGCCAUAAUAUCAACCAAUCAGACAGGCCCCAUAUCCUAAACCUUUUUAAGAAGUCCCUAUAUGCCCAAACAAAGCAAGAAUUCAACAACUGUUUCAGUGCACUUUUGAAUGAUGACCAAUGCAAACGAUACCCAAAUCUACUGAGUUAUCUACACAAUCUGUUCAAAGACAAAGAAGCUUUUGCUCUAUGCUUCAGAACAGAACUACCUGUUAGAGGCAAUCACACGAAUAACUUUGCAGAGGCCCAGUUUCUGGUUUUGAAGGAUGUGAUUCUACGUCGUACAAAAGAGUACAAUGUUGUUGGGCUACUGGACAAGCUGACAAUUGAUCUGGAAGACCAUUACAAGAAUAAGCUGCUCAGUAUUGCUGAUGGAAGUUAUGAUGGUCUUUACAGGCACCGAUUCAUGGGGAAAGGAAAGGAUGGAAGCACAGGCUUCAAAGUUCCAGAUAAAAAACAGCUGGAUACCUAUCUCUCCACUGUGAGAGACUUUGGCAACAACAUCUUCAAAGUUGGAAGCGCUUCAGAUACCAGUCAAAGUUACACCGUGGACAUGAGUCUUGGAGUGUGUAGCUGCCAGACUGGUAAAGAUGGGACCCCAUGCAAACACCAGUAUGUACUGUGGAUGGCAAAUGUAGCACACUGUAUUAAUUUCAUCCCCGUUACCAACCCAAACAGUAGACAAAAAUUGGCAUGGAUAGCAUUAGGGAAAACACUUCCUGUUGAUAGUUACAAUUCCUUACGCUCUUGUGAUGUGGGUGGUCAGAAAGAGCUUGCACAAGGCGACGGUCUUCCCAGCGAGGCAUCCACUAUCAUGGGAACAACACACUGCUCGACUCCUGUGGAGAUAGAAAACCCUGACUCUCCAGCUGAUGUUAUUGAAGCCGCAGAACAUUUGUUGCAAACCAGCUGUAUGCAGAUACUCCAAAAGCUUCAAACCACCAGAGAUCUUAAUUUGGCAAAAGGGAUAGUUAAAUUUUCAAAAAGAGUAGAAUCCCUAAGCUCUGCAAGAGCUAUGCAAUCCAAUUUGGUGAGUGCUCUUUAUAAUUUUGGGGCUAGCGAGAUCAAGAAAACAGGAAUGGGCAAGAAAAUCAAGGUCCAACCAAACAGAAAAAGGAAGACUGGGAAUGGGAGUCGUCAAGCGGUACCCAAAGGACGGCCAGUGCAGCUACAUGAGCCCAAAAGAAAACGCACACACACAUUUACUACAGCAGUGCAGUCAAAUACCAACACUAGUAAGAAGUCUGGGACCCAUACCAUGCAAUCAAAGACAAAGCAUUUAAAAAGAAAUAAAUAAAAGAGACUGGGCAAACUGGACUGGGGCAUCAACUGUAGAAUUUAAUAGGGAGAAUGUAAAUACUCAAUAUUUUGUAAAUGUAUACAAUGAAUUCACUUUUUCGUGCAGGCAUUUGCGUGUCUUGCCAGGUUUCUUUUUUCAGCAAAGUUUUUUUUGCAGUGGUCACAUUGGUAUUGUUGUUUGUGGUUCUUGUUUUUGUGUCUCCAGUUUUUUUUCAUGUUGAAAUGUUUCAUUGCAAAUGUCACACACACAUUCAUGGCAGCCUCUUUGAUGAAAUUUUAAAUCCUUCUGUCUUGUGAAGGUUAUUUGGCAAUUGGGGCAUUUAUUUGGCUCUGCCAACCCUGUGUCCCUGUCCUCCCGCUCUUGUUGGGCUUUGUCUUUCCAAUCCUAUAAAUAUAUAUAUCAAAAAUCAA